CUUACAUUCACAAGGCAGAAACAAAACACACCACAGGUCCACCGCGCACACCGCCAACCCCUUCCAAAACCUCCCUCCUUCAAAGCUUGCACUUUCUCUCUAUCUACCUUAAGACCCUACUAUCAUAAUGUCUGGCUGGGGCCUCGGUUGGUUUGGCGGCGGCCAAGCCAAGAAGGAGGCGCCGAAGAAGGCCAUCCUGCAACUGCGCGGACAACUCGAGAUGUUGAACAAGCGCGAGAAGCACCUACAGAACCAGAUGGAAGAGCAAGACACACUCGCACGGAAACACGUAUCUUCGAACAAAGCUGCGGCAAAGGCAGCGCUACGACGAAAGAAGCAGUUUGAGCACUCUCUCGAGCAAACAUCCGCACAAAUCAUGACCCUCGAACGCGAGAUAUAUUCCAUCGAGACAGCGAACAUCAACAAGGAGACACUAGAUGCCAUGAAGAACGCCGGCACAGCCAUGAAGCAGAUACACGCCGGCCUCACAAUCGACAAGGUCGACAACGUCAUGGAAGACCUCCGCGAGCAGCAUGCCAUCGGCGAGGAAAUCAGCGAAGCGAUAACCAGCGGCGUAACAACCGGCGGCAUCGACGAGGACGAGCUGGACGAGGAGUUGGCCGAGCUACAACAAGAGAAGCUGGACGAGGACAUGUUGAAGACUGGCAACGUGCCCGUGAAUGACAAGAUCGCGCAAGGAAGACUGCCCGCGGCGCCGUCGACAGAGGUCCGCAGCAAGGCGCAGAGAGUCGAGGAGGACGACGAGGAAGAGGAGCUCAGGAAGCUGCAGGCUGAGAUGGCCAUGUGAGCCGCCCAGUGCGAGCACGACAUCACACGGCACGCCUGCAAGAAAGGAGGGAGUCUGGCUGCCCGACCCGCGUGAGACUUGAGGCAUAGAAGGUUGGAGGAAGGGAGUCACGAACGGCGUAUGGCGAUUCUACGGCAUCUUGUGCAUUCUCCUACCGCUUGGAUUUUCGCGAGGCUGUGUGCCUGCAUUGUCUCUUUGAUACCGGUCUGAGAGAAGUGCGAAACGAUAUACCUUGCAAAUUCAAAUACUUCAAAGUUUAUAUUUGAGGCAACGUUGUAUUACAGUUGCUUCCAGGCAGACAACUUCCGCGUCUAUUGCGGAGGGAGCUCAGCGAAUAGUGCCUAGGAGAGCGUAAGCACUGUGUAACGUGAAUCACAAGCAUAUGUUCACUGCAUCUUG